AUGUCUUCGUCCAAAUCACCAAAGAACAGCAAAGCCACUCGGGUUCACUCUACCAAGAUUGUGGACUCACCAGUUGCUGCGACGAUUGACUCCUCAACCAUGCCAUCCCAGUUCAACAAAAAAGACAGCGGUGCUCCAGUAACUGCUAAGCCUUUAUCAGAAGACAAAAGCACCAAGCCGUCGAAACCUGAAUCCGUACCUGCAUCUACUCCUGCUCUGGAAGAACAAGUCCCAUCUGAUGCUGAGAGUGACUCGGGUCAAGAUGAGAUCUCACCAGCCGGUCCAGAUACACAACUCUCGGCUCAGGAGGCAAAACUGGUCAACGUGUUCCGACGCACAGUCAAAAACGUCAGUGGCGAACCUGCUGCAGCCAAGUCAGCAGCAGUAGCAACUGCUGUAUCCUCAAAGGAAGCAUCGAAGCCAGCUCGUGGAUCUCGCCUGGAACUCAAGGAAGUGUACGAAGCCUGGGACACCAAAACCUUCGCUUACAAACUCACUGAGCCCUCGCACUCGUCAAACAUUACCGAGCUAGAGACCUACGCCUUUGUAUGUCGCGUCCGUAUUCUAAAGAAAGAUGAACAGCGAGUGUACUACGUGGACAUCCAUGCUACUGGACUGCGCGACAUGCUCUGUGAGGUGCUUAAGGACGUGCAUUGGGUCAAUCUCAAAGUCGAGAAGUUGGAGCUCGAGCAGAAUCUGUUGUACCACUACUUGCCGACCUUGCAGAAGUACCUCGACAAGUGCACUCAGGAUAAGACCUGGCCGCAGGUAGAUCGCGAAGCCCUUAGAUAUCUGCUGUGCACCAUGAAAACGCGUACAGCCGAGACCACGGCACGACUCCAGUCCUUGCUCGAGACGGGUAGGAUUACCUAUGAGCUGCUGUGGGCGCUGUUUCCACCCAACACACUCGUGCUCACCAUGUGUCCAGGCAGCCACCAAGUCCGGUGUCUGCGCUUUCAGUUCGCCUACGAGGACAAGACCGAGCAAGGCGUGGAACAUCUGGCGUUGCAGUGCGAGUACAUCGAUUAUGAUGGGAAGAUUCUGGGUUGGGUUGCCGAAGACCUGCAUCUGGACCGAUUUCAUGGUACUCUCCCAAUCACCUCCCUACCAGUCUACCCCAUUCACUAUUACCCUGAUCCACAAAUCGAUCAAGUUCUGGCCCAUCGAGGUCGACGAUUCAUCGGGCUAAUGGGCAGCCAUCACUGCAUGUAUCGUGGUACCGCCUUUCUGCAGAUCAAGGACGGCUACAAACGCCUGACCAUUCAGUCCAAUAUCAUGGUCGACGCCAGCGAGUUUAGCAAGACCCAUCCCGGCUACACUCGACUAACCACACGACAUGUACAAGUGGAGUAUCUCUUUCAUCAAGUCACACAGUCGCAUCGGGUCAUCGGUCGCAGUCUCAGCCCUGCAACCUUGAGCGACAACGAGCUUAUGAUGUGUCCGCCCACGGUGCUCGGAUGUGGUCUAGGACUCAAGUUUUGGGGCGAGUUUGUCGUCGACCAUAUUCAUCGCAUUGAUUGGCCUUCUGCUCCCUUCGAUCGGGUCGCCAUUCCACGCAGUAUCAAGACCACUUUGAUGAGCGUGACGCAACAGUACUUUAGCUCACCUCAUGGUGAGCCAGCUGCGAUGCAAGAGAUAGGCACAGUCCGCCGUGGCAUUCGUAUCUUGCUGCACGGCCCUCCAGGAGUGGGCAAAACCCUGACCGCUCAGGCUCUCGCCUGUCACCAUCAACGACCCUUGUAUCCGAUUUCCAGCGCCGACCUGAGCUCUGACCCCCACGAGCUGGAUACACAACUGCCCCAGUUCUUCCGCGCGGCUCUCGCGUGGAAUGCGGUGCUGUUGAUGGAUGAAGCGGACAUUUUCCUCCAGGCACGCACUCCGACUACGCUCGACCGAAAUCGACUGGUGGGCAUCUUCCUGACGCGCUUGGAACAAUUUUCGGGCAUCAUGGUUCUUACCACCAAUCGUUUGGAUGACAUAGAUCUGGCUAUCUUGGACCGCGUGCUCCUGAAGAUUGUAUAUCACCCACUGACUCCGGGUGCGAGACGUGACGUGCUCCAGAGUUUGCUCAAGACCAUCCCUGACAUUACGGAAGAGCAGAUGGAAGGCUUUGACGAGGCUUUUCUCCAGCGAUUUACGAGGAUAAAGGCCAACGGCCGUCAAAUCACCAACGUGUUUGAGGUGGCCACAAGGCUCGCGGAGGCCUCAGGUGACGCCUUCCAUCGCCACCAUCUGGAAGGUGCACUGGAGGUCAGCGGGUUGGUGUUGCCAGGAGAGGAUGCUGAAGAAGACUUGUACGACGACUGA